AUGUUUCCAGUUGAAAAAAGUCAAGUUUUCAUAUUGUUUCUGAAAGAAGAAACUGUUCUAAGGUCUUUUUCGUGCUCAAUGGCAAAGGUCGAUUUUAUCGCACCCUUUUGCACCCAUUUCGAUUACCGCCCAUGGAGACUCUUCUCCACGAAGUUAGUGAAGGUCUGCAGGUAG